UCUCUCUCUCUCUCUCUGUCAGCGCGGCAUUAUUUUCAUUUAUUUAUUUUUUCCGAGUGAGGGAGAUGACAGCGUCACUUUUGGAACAAAACAAGGCAGAUUUCCGCGGGUGCGGGAAGGCAUCAUUUGAUGUACCACACCAGUGAGUCGUUGUUGCGAGCAACCGGAGACGCGCGAGGAUGGCCGCCCACUACAUGUGCUGAGGGACACGUUUCGGCGUCAUUUGAAAAGUGCUUGUCGCCACACACUCUGAACGUUUAACGACCACCCUUCAUUUCUUGUGAAACUUGAUUUAAAAAAAAGACGAAUAUGCCCUUUCUUGUGGGCCACUUUGUCCGCUGUGGACUCUGCGCGAAGCUUCUUGUGCUUUGGCUCAGCUUCGUCGGCGUCACCUGCACCGGUACUGAGCAUGCCGCCACAGCGACACAACCUGCAGCCUUCUCUGACCUGUUACCUCACUUCUUGGUGGAACCAGAGGAUGAGUUCAUAGUGAAAAACAAGCCAGUGAUGCUCACCUGCCGAUCCACUCCGGCGACGCAGAUCUACUUCAAGUGCAAUGGCGAGUGGGUUCACCAGGAUGACCACUUGAUUGUGCGGACCGUGGACCCAGCUACAGCUCUGCCAGUCAUGGAGGUGACAAUCGAAAUCACCAGGCAGCAGGUGGAGAAGAUCUUCGGCCUCGAUGAAUACUGGUGUCAGUGUGUCGCCUGGAGCACCACAGGAACCCAGAAGAGCCAAAAAGCGUACAUCAGGAUUGCUUACUUGAGAAAGAACUUUGAGCAGGAGCCUCAGGCUAAAGAGGUGGCAUUGGACCAGGAGGUGUCACUGCGCUGCCAUCCCCCCGAGGGAGUGCCACAACCCGAGGUGGAGUGGCAGAGGAACGAGGAUGUGAUCGACCCACAGAGCGACCCCAAUUUCUUCAUCACGGCCGACCACAAUCUUGUCAUCAAGAAGGCCCGGCUGGCUGACACGGGCAACUACACGUGCGUGGCCAAGAACAUCGUCGCUCGCCGCAAAAGCAACUCUGCCACAGUCCUGAUCUAUGUCAACGGCGGCUGGUCCACGUGGACCACCUGGUCAUCCUGCAGUGCUGUGUGUGGGCGAGGCUGGCAGAAGAGGAGUCGGAGCUGCACCAACCCCACGCCACUGAACGGAGGCACGUCCUGUGAGGGGCAGAACGUCCAGAAAAGUGCCUGUGUGGCCACCUGUCCAGUGGACGGAGGUUGGAGCGAAUGGAGCAAGUGGUCGCCAUGCGGCGCCGACUGUGCGAUGUGGAGGAGCAGGGAGUGCACCCAGCCGUCACCGGGCACCGGAGGCAAGGACUGCCAGGGGCUCGACCUUCAGUCUCUUAACUGCACCAGCGAGCAGUGCCCACAGACCGUGAGCGGAGCAGAGGACGUGGCGCUUUACGUGGGCAUGGUGGCGGUGGCUCUGUGCCUGACCCUGCUCCUCAUCAUCGUUGUGCUGGUGUACCGGCGCAAGAAGGCAGGCCUGGAUGCCGACGUGGCCGACUCGUCCAUUCUCACUACUGGCUUCCAGCCGAUGGGCAUCAAGCCCAGCAAGCCAGGUGUGUGGGCACCGCGGCCACGCAGGCCCCUCACCCACAGCAAGAAUUCUCAUUUGCUUACCAUCCAACCCGAUCUAACCACCACCACUACCAGUUACCAGGGCACUCUGCGGGCCCGACACGAUGCCACCGGCAAGUUUUCCAUGACCAACGGGCCUCUGCUGGACCCGCUACCCAAGGGUUCACACACACUGCACAAUGGAAAGCUCAAUUCGGACCCCGCCGACUUUGUGAGCAGGCUGUCCACUCAGAGCUACUUUAAAACGCUGUCCCGUGACGUGGCCAACACUUCCUACGGGACCUUCAACUUCCUGGGCGGCAGGCUGACGAUUCCCAACACUGGAAUCAGUCUGCUGAUUCCUCCUGAGGCCAUCCCCAGAGGCAAGAUCUAUGAGAUUUAUCUCACCGUUCAGAAAAAGGAGGAUUUAAGGUUACCCCUGGCCGGCUGCCAGACCUUGCUCAGCCCUGUUGUGAGCUGCGGGCCUCCGGGGGUCGUCCUGAGCCGGCCCGUCAUCCUGAGCAUGGACCAGUGCUCUGACGCAUGCCUUGAUAACUGGGCCAUCCGCCUCAAGAAGCAGAACUACGAGGGCGCUUGGGAGGAUGUCCUACUGAUGGGUGAGGAGCUAGCGUCGGAUCCCUAUUACUGCCAGCUGGAAGCCGAAACGUGCCAGCUGUUUUCCGAGCAGCUGGGCACCUUCGCCUUGGUGGGAGAGUCUCUGCACAUGGGUGCCGCCAAACGCUUGAGGCUGGUGCUCUUCUCCGACGCCUACUGCUCCACGCUAGAGUACAACAUCAGGGUCUACUGCAUGGACGACACGCAGGAUGUCUUUAAGGAGGUGAUGCAGAUGGAGAGACAGCUGGGUGGUCGGCUGAUUGACGAGCCUCACAUGCUGCUCUUCAAAGACAGCUACCACAACCUGCGCCUGUCCAUCCAUGACAUGCCCCAGGCCCACUGGAGGAGCAAGUUGCUCGCCGGCUACCAGGAGAUCCCAUUCUACCACAUCUGGAACGGUUCCCAACGGUACCUGCACUGCACCUUCACUCUGGAGCGCCUCAGCCUUGGCACCUGUGAGCUCACCUGCCAGCUGUGCGUGUGGCAGGUGGAGGGCGAAGGACAGAGCUUCAGCCUAGACUUUAACAUCGCCAAGGACACCCGAGCCGUGGAUUCCGAGUUCCUGUUAAUGGACACGAGCGCCACCGCCCUCGCAGGGCCCAGCGCCUUUCAGAUCCCAUACCUCAUAAGGCAAAAGAUUUGCAGCAGCCUGGACACCCCGUGUCCCAAGGGAGCCGACUGGAGAAUGCUGGCACAAAGACUCAAGCUCGAGAGACACAUGAGCUUCUUGGCGUCCAAAGCGAGCCCGACCUCGGCCAUCCUGGACCUGUGGGAGGCGCAACAUUUCCACGGCGGCAACAUCAACCAGCUGGCUGCCGUCAUGGCGGACAUCGGCAAGCAGGAAGCCAUGAUCUUCCUGGUGUCGGACGGCGAGUGCUAACAGGCCGAGGUGAAACGAGCAGGGUGCAAGAAUUCCAUAUCGACCAUCGCAGCUGUCUGUUUUACAUCGAUCAAUGUCGGAGGGCCCCGUUUUCACGCUUUCCACUGAGAGAAUCAUAUUCAGGCAGCUCGGUUGAAAAGUUAGCAUUUCCCUCCAAACACCUGCCCAAAUUUUUCUCUUACAUAAUUUCAUGGAGCGCUUAAUGUACGCCGAUCAUACACAGCCAAUCAUUUCAUUCCAUUGAAAACUGUCAUCAGGAAAGUCCUUUGACCAUUUUCUCAAUAUGCUUGAUAUCCAUUUUAAGGUCCGUCACUAUUAAGACAAUUCACUCCAGCAGUUUUCUUUACACAACUGCCAUUUUUGGUGCACGAGUAAAGCAAAAUUGUGCACUUCAAGCACAUCUCUUGAAGCGCGAGAUGUUAACUAGCCAAAUUUCCUAAUGUUGUCAUGCAUGACUUCUGUCCUCGGACGUUUCUGUACCAUUUUUGGCAUUUCUGCGAUCCAUGACAACCUUUUGGCAUACUCGUGGGGCAGCUACAUCCCAGCAGGAAGGCAAAACUCUACACUAGUUACGUGGUCCCCCGUGGUGGGUGGGCUGCUUAACGGCUGUGCCUGCCUGAUUGGUAACGUUCUUUUGGAACAUAUGCACUCUGUUCUGAUUUUCUUUUUUUUUUAUUCCUCAAACAUAUCUGUGAAGCCCGGUACCAAAUGUACCGGUUGUGCUGACACUUGUACUGCACUGGUUGGGACCCACUGCACUAGUUGACAACCGCAUGCAACUAGUACGACUGGGGUCAUUAUAAAAUGUUACCAGUCAACAUUGAACACGUCACUAGUAGUGGAAAAAGGCAUUACUAGUAAGUUAGCUUAAUUGAUUUUAUUAUCAUUCUAUAGCUACAGCCCAAUCCCAGCGGAUUCUGUAGCUAGCUGACACGUGCUAGCAGCUGAUUUACGAAAGAGGCACCGUUUCAUUUUUAGGCACAAGAAGCAUCACCUUUUUUUAAGGUUUUGUUCAGUGGCAGUUAUAUUGUUAUAUAUUCUUCCCAAAGAGAAUAGUUUUUCUUUUUUAACUGUUAGAUUUUUUGAUUUACAAGCAUUCACUUGUAAAAUGUCACUGGAGAUGCAUGAAGGGUUGACUUUCAAGGGGCUUCACUUUCAAGAGGCGCUCUCUCCAAGUUUUGAAUGGCGUCGUCAUUCUCAUUAGCCUUUUCUUUUGGCUGAAAGGGACAAGAUUGGAAAUUUUGGGAAUGAAAUCUCGUGCGAGUGAGGACAAAAACCUUAAGUGGAUAUCAAGGUUAUCAGCGAUUUAAAGCAGGCGCUCUCUGCAAUUAGGAUGGAAGGUUCGCCGGAGGACCGCCGUCACCCUCGCAUCCAUUUUGCGUCAGUGUUUCAUGUGUGUUCUUUCCAGGGAGGUCUCAUUCAUUUCUUCACUUUAGUUCACACGCCAUUGCUAAUGAAGGCGCCGUGGGGCCCCGAAACACUUGGGAAGCAACACGUCGUCACCGUCCUAAGUGACGUGUCCUCUAAUUGCUUUAAUGGUGAAGCGCACGGGCGGGAUGUUUGUUGACCACCUAACGUGCAGCGGCUAACGUCUACUUAAGGGCCCGUUUUUUAAAAAAAUUGUUUUGUUUUGCUCUGUUUAUGGAGUGCUUUUUCUGAAGCCAUGUUUGGUGCGCUUUGCUAUCACCCCCCCCGCCCCCACUCCGUAGCACAUCCUCCCAGUUGCCGCGUACACGGAGAACAUCCGCAGGUUCAAUCCCCAGUUCAGCCAUAGUGUGUGUGCGCGUGUGUGCGUGCUCCUCCUCAGGGUUGCAUGUGAUGUCUAUAAAGUUGUCAGGAGAGACCCCCCGCCCGCCCUCCCUCAUUAAAGACACACUCAACUGCCGUAUGCUCCGAAGCCCUUCAACACACCGGAGCUUCUUUUUACGAUUGUCCUGAUUUUAAGAAUGUACUUUUAUGUUUCCACGCGCUUUUUUGCGAAGAGGACGCUUUUGUUUUUUUAAUGCGCCAUCGUAACACUAUUCCGACACGGCUACUGCAGCUCUCCUUCCGACCUAGGACUAUUAGGGCCACACCCCAUCGAAAACAAAGAAACAUUCCCACAGCGAUGCAAUCAUAACAGUAAAAGAACCAAGUUUUUGCUACAAUGUGUGACAAAAGUCUAAACACUCGUGUUAUUAGAAUAAAGGCAGACUUUGAGAAAAUAUGAAAUCAGAGUGCGACAGGAAUAUUUUUUCCCCCCAGAACAGUCAGAAUGUUAUGUAGAAAAAUGUUGGAAAUCGUGUAUCAUAGUGCAGGAAAAGACACAACACCAAGAAAUUAAUCACAAAUAAAAUUGCGACUUUUUCUCCUCUUAAUUCCGGAAGCGCAUUGCUUGUCACUCCAGAAAAGGACGUGAUACAUUUCAGGAUUUAAUGGGAUAGCUUUCACAUGAUAACAUCUUUCUCACGUUAUAAGGCAAUCAUUUUCUCGUUUUAAUGUGCAAGCACAUCGCGUUAAAGUGGAACAAAGACUUCAAUGUUGCACAAAACAAAACAGAGCAAACCUUUCCAGUUCUUGUCAACGUUACUAGCUAGGUUAUUCUAAGAUACUGUUUUAUAUAUAUAUAUAUAUAUAUAUAUAUAUAUAUAUAAAAUAUAAAGGCCAGGUGUUUAAAAACAAUUGACAUUUACAAAAGAUAGGCCUAGCUACAAAGGGCUCCGCCACUGAUCUGAGCCAGAAGGAAUUGCUUUGUUUUGUUUAGCCUAAUCUUGCCAUAACUUCUACCGUUAAAAUGUGCAGUGCAUCACAUUGUAACGUAAAAUUCACCGUGUUAACUCGUCAAACAUAUCAUGUUCAUCCUGUGAAAUUUAUACUCCCUUUGAAUUGAAUUUGCAAAUUCAAGAUAUUUCUGGUUGACACGCAUCUGGUGUAUCGAUCAGCAAGACAUUUAGUUUUGAAUCAAAUUAAUUUUUUUUUCAUAUUUUGAUUCUCCUUGUAAAAUCAAAAAGUUUUCAUGGAAUUCCCAUAAGUGCAUUAUUUUCGUAGCUAUUUUUUUUUUUUUUUUUAA